CAUGAAGUUAGCUAUAUUAUAUUCGAAUAUAAAAAUACAUAUUUUAGUAAACAUUUAGGGUCGUUGAACACUUUCAAUAAUUAAUAUACAUAAUCCAUACACACAAAUAUUUUCCAAACACUUGCUAAAUAUUUGCAACGUUUGCCGAGCUCUAAGAAUGGGGAAUAAAAAUCAAAACGAAUUUAUAUCUAUGGCAACGCGGACUUAAUUAUAGUAGUUUGUUACACUGAACAGAUCCCUUGGAGUCUAAUUAAGUACACUUCACUUCAGUACUCAUUAAAGAAACUAAAUGUCCUUAUAUACACAAUUCUUAAAGCCCGAACCAUAAUGAAUCAAUUUCAAAGAACUUGCAAGGGCAGAAUUGGCAUUAUGUGGCUUGCCUUGCGGCGCCAACAAACGAUUUCUAAGUAUCCAUAUAACUUUAUAGCGGCUAUACAGAAUAAAAUCAAGCUUAUAAUUAAGAACUCAAAAGCGUUCAGUAGUCGAGGAAGAAAAGAGAAUAGAGAUUAUAAAGAAUAUUCAAAUCUAUUAAAAGGAAGAUUUCCAAGACAUGCCAAUAAGUCCAAUAAGAAGACUACAUGCAAAGUUAUAUUUGGAACUACGAGUUCUGAAACGAAGACACUCAAUCAAAAAGUUUUGAAUAAAAAGUUCUUGAGGCAUACGAAAGUUAAGAGAUCGGAAAUGAAGUCGAUCAAUGCACAGAAAUCGCACUUCGAUAAUUUAAUGCAACUUUUGAAAGUGCGGGAGAAACUACUAAUUGAUCGUACGACACAUUUAUUUUCAUUGUUUGAGGUGCAAAAGGAGCGGCUGCAGUCGAGAGGAUAUCUAAAAGAAUAUGUGAAGAUAAACAAAAAACAGGAAAGGCUGCUCUAUCAAAUGCAAGAAGAACGACAAUAUCUUAAAAGGUUAUUACAUUUCAAUGAACAAAAGCCAAUUUUACUCCAUACAAAAUCAUUACAAAAACUCCCGCAUCUGCCGAUUCAAAAAAAGCAGGAACUUUGCUAUACACAAAGUCUACCAAUCAUAAGUUCCUUCUCUUCAAAGCUAAUAGAGUUAUGCAAGCCAGAUGUGAAGCAGAAUCUUUUAAGCCAACUUAAGAGAUAUGUAAAAAAUAGCAAAUUGCCCAUAAUUCAAGCUGCUUCGGAGUUAAGAGGUGAAAGCUGUGCUGAUAACUAUGAUAAAGAUAUCAAAAGAUCUUCAAGUAAAUCCCAUUUAGAAGAAUUUAAUGAGAUAUGGCAUGUUAUUUGUGGCGAUCAGAAAUCUGCGAUGGAAGACUUUAUAUAUUUUAAGAAGUUUUUGGAAGAAAUAUUUAAAAAUGACUCUGUAAACGACCUAACACUAAAGGAUUUACCAAAUGUGGGAACCCUGCAAAUGAUGACCGAGCAGUGGCCACUCAAAACUGUGUUUGCAGCUAGAGUUGUGGCAAUUCUUAUCGAUAGAAUUAUCAUUAAGACGCAAAACUUAGACCACGUCGGCGUUUGUGAAAUUUUAAAGUCGCAUCUCAGCUGUAUUUUGGGCGCAAUUAAAAUAUUGAACCAGGAUCUUUUUGAGUUUGUUUUAUCUUCGGAUUUCUUAAGUUUUUAUGAGCGUCUGAUCAUGGACUUGACGUUUGAAAUAAUACGAGAAUAUUGGGAAGUUCCCCAGGAAGAUGCCACGCAAAUGGGUUGCUUGUUGAAAUUGUCAAAGACCAUAAGCUCUUUGCUUGGCAGACAUUUGCCCCAUGCCAGAGCUGAAAAUGCCAAAUCUUAUUCAAUUGGCAAAUUCAAAGCAGAAAGUUCUUGCGAUGAUUUCGAAAAAGUCGUAAUAAGUGAAAUUUACAACACCGACGUCAACUGGCGAAACUAUCAAUGCAAAGAACCCGAGAUACUAAAAUUGUUGAUCAAUGAAUUAGUAACUCAGCAUCUAAAGGAAAUUGUUCAAUGUGUCUUGACCGAAAGACUUAAAGAAUAAGUUUGUUUUCUUUAGUUUAAAGCUAUUUUCCAGAGUAAUUAGAUCUUUUCGAU